GCGCUUGCACAAUAUGUUCUUAUCCAGCAGGGGGCGACGAGAUUAAUGUCACAAAAGAGUCAGUUGGCUCAAAAUACAGCGACCGAGGAGAGAUGGACGCUGCUGUGAUCGUCUGAGGCUAUGCCAUGAACCCAUUUGAAGGAUCUGUUUCCUCGCGGCUCGAGGAGACAGAGGAGGCGGACAGUCGAUGCCGGUGGGCCCGCUUCUCCUCUUGGCUGGAGUGUGUCUGUGUGGUUACCUUCGACCUGGAGCUCGGACAAGCUUUAGAGCUGGUCUAUCCUCAAGAUGUAAAACUCACAGAAAAAGAAAAAACCAGCAUUUGUUACCUAUCCUUUCCGGACUCGUAUUCAGGAUGUCUUGGGGAUACUCAGUUCAGUUUCAGGAUGCGUCAGUCAGUUGGGCGACGUGGUUCAAGGGAUGGAGACGUCUACAACCGAGAUGCACCUGUAACAUUGCAGAAAGAAGUUUCACACUUUUUUGGCUACGUUUAUUUCAGACAGGUGAAAGAUGUCUCUGUGAAACGAGGCUAUUUUCAGAAGUCUUUGGUGCUCCUCAGCAGGCUUCCCUACACAGCCCUAUUUCACUCACUGCUGCAGAUUAUUGCCCCAGAGUAUUUUGAGAAGUUAGAACCUUGUCUUGAAACUGUUUGUAAUGAGAUUGACCAGUGGCCCAAACCAGUACCAGGAAUGACUCUUAACUUGCCUGUGAUGGGUGUAAUAUUACAGAUAAGAAUUCCUUCAAAAUCUGAUAAACCAGGAGGAAGUCCUAUCCGAAACACAGCCAAAGAGAACCUAUUACCAGCUCCAACGGUGUUGCCAACUAUCCACGAACUUGACCUCUUCAAAUGUUUCCAGUCAAUGCUGAUUCAUCUGCAGAUGCUCUGGGAACUUGUUCUGCUGGGGGAACCACUGAUUAUCAUUGCCCCCUCUCCUACAGUGUCUUCUGAAACAGUAUUGGCUCUCGUGAGCUCUAUCUGUCCCUUAAAAUUCUGCUGUGAUUUUCGUCCAUACUUCACCAUUCAUGACAGUGAGUUUAGAGAAUACACUACUCGCACCCAGGCCCCCCCCAGUGUGGUUCUUGGUGUUACAAAUCCAUUUUUUAUAAAGACCUUCCAAAGCUGGCCCCAUAUCAUAAGACUCGGUGAACUCAAGAUGGCAGGUGAUUUACCCAAACAAGUUAAGGUGAAGAAACUAGUCAAACUAAAAACACUUGAUACCAAACCAGGAAUUUACUCAGCUUAUAAGACAUUUGUACACAAAGACAAAAUUCUUAUUAAGAGGCUACUCAAGGGCAUUCAAAGGAAGAGGCCAUCUGAGGUGCAAAGUGCCAUAUUAAGAAGACACUUGUUAGAGCUAACGCAGAGCUUCAUCAUCCCCCUGGAGCGAUACAUGGCAAGCUUAAUGCCCCUACAGAGAUCAGUGACAGCAUGGAAGACUCCUCCGCAGAUUCGUCCCUUUAACCAGGAUGAGUUCAUGGCCACACUUGAUCACAGCGGACCACAACUUACCUCUAUGCUCAAAGGGGAUUGGAUGGGCUUGUACAGGAAAUUCUUCAGAUCUCCAAAUUUUGACGGCUGGUACCGUCAAAGGCACAAAGAGAUGUCCCAGAAACUGGAGUGUUUGCACUUGGAGGUCAUCUGUGAUGCUGAUUUGAUGGGUUGGACUAAAGACAAGUCUGAAGUGGAAAUUGUAGAUGUUGUUUUAAAACUAAGAGAGAAAAUGACUAAAGCACGACAGCAGCAGCUGCAGGUCAGAGAUGGUGUUAUGGACAAAUUGGAGACAUUUAUUGAAUCCAUCAUCAGUUCAUUGCCAGAGGAUCUUCAGACGUUACUAAACACAGAAUAAGUGGGCAAAGCA